AUGAAAGUCCGUCUUGCUGACCCCGCUGGGGCCGAGUCCGCCUCCGCAACCAUGAACAAAGAAGCACCGCUCUCAAUUGCCGAGCGCGACUUCAUCCUCAAUGCUCUGCGUGAGGAUGUAAGACUCGAUGGCCGCCAGGCCGAUCAAUUUCGUCCCUUGAAUGUGUCGUUCGGCGAAGAGUACGGGCAUGUGAAGGUCCAACUUGGCAAGACCAGUCUCAUUGUCCGCAUCUCGUCUGAAGUUACAAAACCCCAUGAUGAUCGUCCCUUCGAUGGUAUUUUUACCAUUGCCCUGGAGCUGACCGCUAUGGGCUCUCCCGCCUGGGAGAAUGGCCGACAGGGUGACCUUGAGACAUAUGUGUCCAACGUCCUAGACAGAGUAAUCCGUCACUCGAACGCCCUUGAUACCGAAUCGCUUUGCGUUUUGAAGGGUGUCAGCUGCUGGAAUGUUCGGGCAGACGUGCACAUCACAGACUACGAUGGCAACCUGAUUGAUGCGGCCUGUAUUGGAGUUAUGGCGGGUCUUCAGCAUUUCCGUCGGCCAGAUGCCGUCGUUAAGGACGGUCAAGUGAUCGUCUACGGAGUCGACGAGCGCGUCCCAGUCGCAUUGAAUAUCACACACAAACCAUUAUCGAUCACAUUCCAUACUUAUGAUGAAGGAAAGCGGGUCAUUGUGGAUGCCACUCGGAAAGAGGAGCAGGCCUCUGAGGCGGAUGUGGUCAUGGGCCUGAAUAAUGCAGGCGAUGUAUGCUACCUCUCGAAGUUCUCUGGGUCCCCAGUCAGUGCCAUGGUGUUCGUGAAUAAGUCAUCCGUCGCACUUGAGAAAGUGAAGGAGAUCAACGGCAUCAUUGACAAGGCGCUACAAGCUGACCUCGCAAAACGGGCUAAGGGUAGUUUGAUUGAGGAGUCUAGAGCGGCGAACGAUCGGUAG